UUAGCAGGAUGAGCGUCAACAUGGCAGCUGUACUGUCCACUAGGCUGUGCGAUAGCAAUCCUGCAACUCCUGGGACGCAGUCCAUGAAGGAUGACAUCGAGGAGAUCUCCAGUGAUGGCAGUCAAGCCCCCAAGAGACGUAGGAUGGGUUCAGGAGACAGUUCCAGGAGCUGUGACACAUCCAGCCAUGAGCUGGGACCUACAUACUUCCCUGCUGAAAAUCUAACAGAAUACAAAUGGCCUGCGGAUGACACAGGAGAGUAUUAUAUGUUACAAGAGCAAGUCAGCGAGUAUUUAGGAGUCACUUCAUUCAAGCGGAAAUAUCCAGAUUUGGAAAGAAGAGACCUGUCUCACAAAGAAAAACUUUAUCUGAGAGAGCAAAAUGUCAUCACAGAAACACAGUGUACAUUAGGUCUCACUGCUCUGCGCAGUGAUGAGGUCAUUGAUUUGAUGAUUAAGGAGUACCCAGCCAAACACGCAGAGUACUCUGUCAUACUCCAAGAGCGAGAGCGGCAGAGGAUUGCUAAAGAAUACUCUGUGAGCACUCUUAGUGCACAAAUGCUGCAACAGAAUCCUCAGAAAGUUGAGGCCAGUAAAGUGCCAGAGUAUAUAAAGAAAGCUGCUAAAAAAGCUGCUGAAUUCAACAGUAAUUUCAACCGAGAGCGGAUGGAGGAGAGAAGGGCUUAUUUUGACCUUCAAACACAUAUUAUCCAGGUACCCCAAGGAAAAUACAAAGUUCUACCUCCUGAAAAAACAAAGACUGGUCCAUACCCAAUUGCUCUCAUCCCUGGGCAGUUCCAAGAUUACUACAAAAGGUACUCUCCAAAUGAGCUCCGCUACUUGCCCAUGAACACAGCUCUGUUCGAGCCUCCCCUGGACCCAGAGCUGCCUGCCCUGGACAGUGAUGGCGAUUCUGAUGAUGCAGAGGAGGGGAAACGAGAAGAUGGCAAGAAAAAAGGUUCCUCGGACAGUUCAUCUGGAAACACUUCGGACGGGGACAGCCAAGACAUCGGAAUUCAAUCCAAAGUUAAGAGCAAAGACCGACCCGGCACCCAAAACAAAGAUGCCACUCCUCGCAACAUCCAACACAAAUCUGUCCCUGGGUACAAGCCUAAGGUCAUUCCCAAUGCAAUAUGUGGCAUAUGUCAGAAGGGUAAGGAGGCCAACAAGAGAGGCAAACCAGAAGCUCUUCUCCACUGCUCCCAGUGUCAAAACAAUGGUCACAUGUCCUGCUUGGAUAUUAGUGCUGAGUUGGUGUCCCAGAUAUAGACGUAUCCCUGGCAGUGCAUGGAAUGCAAGAUGUGCACUGUCUGCGAGCAGCCCCACCAUGAGGAGGAGAUGAUGUUCUGUGACAAGUGUGAUCGUGGUUUCCACACCUUCUGUGUGGGCAUGGACUCUAUUCCCCUGGGUGAGUCUUUACGUCUCAUUGUUCCUUGUUUCACAGCAUUCUCCAGACCUCAAGUGGGACAUUCUAUAAUGCUUAACUUCAUGUCCAAAAACAAUAUCCAGGGAGAAAGCAAAGAUGGCACUUUGCUUCUUCUUUUGAAGCUCGAUUUUUAGUUAAUCGCUGCUUUUAUCACCAUGUUUUCGACUGGUUUAUAUAACAUUUGUGUUGAAUGUUUAAUUUAGGUUAUGUAUGUGGCACAAACAUAAUAAAGAUUCCAAGUCAUGAAUUAAUGACUUGAGUUGUAUUAGGUUCACACUCGCCUUUAGAAGUAUGACAAUAUGUAUGAUCAGUUAUGGUCAUAAUCGCAAUUAUUUGUUUGACAAUUAAUCGUCAGACUAAUCUCACAGCCCUAGGUGUCAUUGUUUUGGUCAUUUUUAUAUGUAACAAGAAGAAAUGUGAUAAAAUUUCGGUUCUUCCUGGUCAUUGUUUUAUUAUAUCAAGCCAUGCUUUAAUUUUGUUCAGUACAUGUAAGCCAAUGUUUUCCAUGUCCCGUCCAAGGAUCAUUUUCUACUGUCCAAAAUGUUUGUCCUGUGUUUUCAUGCAGGCUGUUGGGUCUGUGAUUUAUGCAAGAAAGUGCAUAGUUCUAUUUUUCUACUUUUUGAAUGACAAGCCUAUACAAUAAUUAAUGUAUUUUGUCUCUUGCAUUUUUUGGGAUUUACCACAUUUUGUAGCUGAUUUAGUUUUUUUUUUGUAUAU